AGCAAUGGAGAAUGGUAAGAGCAACACAUUUGAGCUCACCGUCAAGCAGGGACAACCAACUUUGAUCCCUCCAGCUGAAGAAACACAGAAGGGCCUGUACUUCCUCUCAAAUCUUGAUCAGAACAUUGCGGUGAUUGUUCGUACAAUUUACUGCUUUAAAUCAGGGGAAAAGGGCAAUGAGGAAGCUGUAGGGAUGAUCAAGGAUGCUUUAUCAAAGGUUCUUGUUCAGUACCACCCUCUUGCAGGGCGUUUAACUAUUAGUCCUGAGGGAAAGCUGAUAGUGGAUUGUACCGGAGAAGGGGCUGUCUUUGUUGAGGCUGAAGCAGAUUGCACCAUUGAAGACAUCGGCGACAACACAAAGCCUGAUCCUGUUACUCUCGGAAAGCUGGUUUAUGAUGUUCCAGGCGUGAAAAACGUACUGGAGAUUCCUCCUUUGGCUGCUCAGGUGACUAAGUUCAAGUGUGGAGGAUUUGUUCUUGGGCUGUGCAUGAACCACUGCAUGUUUGAUGGGAUUGGUGCAAUGGAAUUUGUCAACUCCUGGGGUGAAGUUGCCAGAGGACUGCCUUUAAAAGUGCCUCCAUUUAUGGACAGAACCAUACUCAAAGCCCGAAAUCCUCCCAAGAUAGAAUUUCCCCAUCAUGAAUUCGCUGAAAUUGAAGACACAUCAAAUACUGCUGAACUCUACAAGGAGGAAAUGCACUACAGGUCAUUCUGUUUUGACCCAGAAAAACUCGAAAAGCUCAAAAGGAAAGCUUUGGAAGAUGGAGCUCUGGCCAAAUGCACCACAUUUGAAGCCCUGUCAGCAUUCAUAUGGCGAUCUCGUAGCCAGGCCCUGAAGAUGAAGCCUGAUCAAAAGACAAAACUUCUCUUUGCAGUUGAUGGAAGAUCAAGAUUUGAUCCCCCAAUUCCAGAAGGCUACUUUGGCAAUGGAAUUGUGCUUACAAAUUCACUUUGCAGCGCGGGUGAGCUAGUCGGGAAUCCACUUUCAUUUGCAGUGAAGCUAGUCCAAGAAUCAGUCCAAAUUGUCACAGACAGUUAUAUGAGAUCUGCUAUAGACUACUUCGAAGCAACUAGAGUAAGGCCUUCUUUGACUGCAACGCUUCUCAUCACAACCUGGUCUAGGCUAUCUUUCCAUACUACUGAUUUUGGAUGGGGAGAACCUGUUUUAUCAGGGCCUGUAGCCCUUCCAGAGAAGGAAGUAAGCCUGUUUCUGUCUCAUGGAAAAGAAAGGAAAAGCGUCAAUGUGCUUCUGGGGUUGCCAGCUGCUGCAAUGAAAACGUUUGAAGAGCUUAUGCAGAUCUAAAGCUCAGAACCUUUUGUUACUGAAUCUUUCAUCCUGCAUUUUAUUCUACCUAUUGUCAUUAUUUAUGUUCUGUAUUUGUUUCCACAACACUUACAUUUCCUGAUCCAGGAAUGUAUUCCAAGCUAUGUUUCUGGCUAAAAAAGAUUAUGUAAGAUUAUCGUUCCUGAUUUUGUA